AUGCCAGCUCACGGCACUAACACGCAACACAAGGUCGUCGAGUACAACAAGCCUUACCAGGUCAACAAGAUCCGGACCCCAGACCCUUCCGGCCUCGGCCCCUACGACCUCCUCGUCAAGGUUGCUGUGGCGUCGUACUGCCACACGGACAGCAUGAUACAGUCUGGGAUUUUCGGCACCGCCCUCCCUGUCAUCGCUUCUCAUGAGGGCGCCGGCACUGUUGUAGCUGCCGGCUCGUCCUCGGAAUUGAAGCCAGGCGACCGCGUCAUGUGUGGUCUACCUUUCCAUCCAUGUGGCAAAUGUCCUGAAUGCACUGGCCCGAACGAGGGCUGGAGACAGUACUGUGAGAGCGUCGAAGGCCAUUGUGGCGUCCAUCGCGAUGGGUUCUUCGCCGAGUAUGCUCUCUGCGAUGCACGCACUAGCACCAAACUUCCCAACGAAAUUUCUCUCUUGAGCGCUGCUCCACUAGCCUGUGCCGGGAGGACAGUAUGGAGGGGUGUUGAGCAGGCAGGCCUCAAGGAGGGACAGUGGCUCGCAAUCGUGGGGAGCGGAGGCGGCUUGGGACAUCUUGGGGUGCAAUUUGCCAAAAAGAAGGGUCUGAAAGUCAUAGGUAUCGAUGCGAGGGACGAUGGACUACAGGUUUCUGCGGCUCUCGGCGCCGACUUCGUCAUCGAUGCAAGAAAGGGAGAGGCGGCGGUGGUCGGGGAGGUUCACAAAGCUACUCGCGAUGCAAACCCCGGGAAUCCGGGCGUCGAUGCCACCGUCACUCUCUCCGAUGCUCCCACGGCUGCAGCGCUGGGCUGUGCAAUCACCAAGAGGCACGCGACUAUGGUCCAAAUCGCUCAGCCAAAGGAUGUCGUGAUCCCUUUCAGCCAAUUCGUCUUCCGGGAUGUCACGGUCAAAGGAAGCGUAGUCAGCUCUCCGGGGGAGAGCAAUGCCAUGGUCCGCUUCAUUGCAGAAACCGGCAUCAAGGUCAAAACUAACAUCUUCUACGGCCUGGACCAAAUCGAGAAGUUGAUUGACAUGGUUCACGGUGGAAAGAUACAGGGUAAAGCGGUUAUUGUCAUUGACAAGGAGCAGAUUGCCAAGGAAGAGCAGCUUGGAGCCAAAUACUAG